AUGUCAGGUUCACGAUUAUUAAAGAAUCAUGAGUGUCAAAUUCACAGGGAGAUCAUUGCAUCCACGACAUGUUUUGUUUGUGUUUGCUUCAGUAUGUAUGGGAAAUACUCCGUUGAAACUUUUUUAAUUUUAUUUCAAUUCAACUCGUCGUCUGAAGAGAACAGAAGAAUCACCUUUUUGAAUCUCAUUGGAACAUUCAAUAGUUAG